CUCCGGCACCUUUGCUCCACUUCUCGCCGCGGAGGAGGCGCACUCGCUCGGCUCCGGCUCUGCUCCUUCGCCGCUGCGCGUAAAGAAAAAAAAGUGGGGCUGGACCGCAGUUUACCGACAGGGAAAGGGAAAAAAAAGGAAACAGCAAUUUGACAGGAUGAACAACACUUUCCUAAACAUGGCGUCGAUAGGAGACUUCGACCCGCUCAACGCGUCCAUUCCAGCCACCAAAGUUGAAAUCACGGUGUCCUGCAGAAACCUGCUGGACAGAGACACUUUCUCCAAAUCAGACCCAAUUUGUGUUCUCUACACACAAGGAAUGGGCAACAAAGAGUGGAGAGAGUUUGGCAGAACGGAGGUGAUUGACAACACACUAAACCCAGACUUUGUGCGGAAAUUCAUUUUGGACUACUUCUUUGAAGAGAGGCAGAAUAUCCGAUUUGACUUGUACGAUGUCGACUCCAAGAGCGCCAACCUGUCGAAACACGAUUUCCUGGGCCAGGCCCACUGCACUCUGGGAGAGGUGGUCGGAUCUUUGGGCAGUCGCUUGGAAAAAGCUCUCGGGGGCAUCCCAGGGAAGAAAUGUGGGACCAUUAUUGUGAAAGCCGAGGAGCUGAACAACUGCAGGGAAUCGGUUAUGAUGCAAUUCUGCGGAAACAAGUUGGACAAAAAGGACUUUUUUGGCAAGUCCGACCCUUUUCUGGUUUUCUACCGGAGCAACGAGGACGGCACGUUUACCAUCUGCCACAAGACCGAGGUAGUGAAGAACACAUUGAACCCCGUGUGGCAGGCCUUUAAAAUCCCCGUUCGGGCUCUUUGCAACGGCGACUACGACAGAACAAUCAAAGUUGAAGUGUACGACUGGGACAGAGACGGCAGUCACGACUUUAUCGGAGAGUUCAGCACCAGCUACAGAGAAUUAUCCAGAGGACAGAGUCAGUUCAACGUCUAUGAGGUGGUAAAUCCAAAGAAGAAAGGGAAGAAGAAAAAAUACCUCAACUCUGGAACGGUAACACUGCUGUCUUUCCUGGUGGACAUCGAAGUCACCUUCCUGGACUACAUCAAAGGCGGGACCCAGAUUAACUUCACCGUGGCCAUCGACUUUACAGCUUCCAAUGGCCACCCUGCCCAGCCCACCUCGCUCCACUACAUGAGCCCCUACCAGCUGAACACCUACGCCAUGGCCCUGAAGGCCGUGGGAGAGAUCAUCCAGGACUACGACAGCGACAAGAUGUUUCCCGCGCUGGGGUUUGGAGCCAAACUGCCUCCCGAUGGACGAGUUUCACAUGAGUUUGCUUUGAACGGGAACCCUCAGAACCCGUACUGUACGGGUAUUGAUGGCGUAAUGGAAGCCUACUACCAGAGUCUGAAGUCAGUUCAGCUGUACGGACCCACUAACUUCUCCCCUGUCAUCAACCAUGUGGCCAGAUAUGCAGCGUCCGUGAACGACGGCUCUCAGUACUUUGUGCUGCUCAUCAUCACAGACGGCGUCAUCUCAGACAUGGCUCAGACCAAGGAGUCUAUCGUCAAUGCCGCCUGUCUGCCCAUGUCAAUCAUCAUUGUGGGGGUAGGGCCUGCAGAAUUUGAUGCCAUGGUUGAGCUGGAUGGUGAUGAAGUCAGAAUCUCAUCCAGAGGAAGAUACGCUGAGAGGGACAUUGUUCAGUUUGUCCCAUUCAGGGACUACAUCGACCGAACAGGGAACCAUGUCCUGAGCAUGGCCCGGCUCGCCAAAGACGUCCUGGCCGAGAUCCCCGACCAGUUCCUGUCCUACAUGCGAACCCGCGGGAUAAAGCCCUCGCCGGCACCGCCUCCCUACACGCCGCCUGGCCAACCCCUCCAAACACAGAUUUGAAGAGCAAGGAGUAAAAAUGGCGUUCGGAGUCAGGGGUUCGCUGAACAUUUACGCGCGAAAUACUUCCAUUUCCUUAAAGCCGCUCUCCAUGCCUUGUCGUCGUGGAUACACAGUGGUCUUUCUCGUGUUCAGGAAGCUGCAUGCCGGGCCGGGAGAGUGGCGCAUUUUGAGGGCCUGAAAAGCCAAUGAGAGUCUGUUUACUUCCACUGUCAAGCAUUCCUGUUGUUGUCUGGAUUUAUUUUUAAUUUGUUUUUCUUGCCUGGGAAACCUGGAGAGAGUUUGAGGAGUCAAGCUGUGAAGAAAAUGAAGGAACGAAGUAAAGCACCGCUCCGUGGAAACGAGAAUGUCUCCAGACAAACAAAGGAAUCACUUGAUCUUAAACGAACUCGAAGUUCUCCUGUAAAUAACCGAACACUUCUUCUUCUUUCUCUGUCUCUCUCCAACUCACUCAUUGUUUACAGUAAAUACUGACAAGGAUUUUUACUGUUGAUACUUUUAUAUUCACACAGUUUCAAUAUGAAGCUUGUAAUACUCUUUCUCUCUCUUUCUCCUGGCAUGUGUCAGGUAGCAGCAGUGCAGGUCCUGGUAGCCCUUCUGUACCGUACCGUACCGUGCUGUACCGUACUGUACUGUAUUCUAGUGUUUAUAUUAACCUUUUGCAUGAGUGUAGCCUCAGUCAAGUGCAUGCAUAUAGUGGCCCUGCACUACCUCUUCUACAUCUGUCUGCCUGUCUGUCUGUCUGUCUGUCUGUACGGGGUGAGUAUCUGUCUGCCUGUAUCUCCAUUUGUCUGUUCGUCUCCCUUUUAGAGCUUAUCUUCAUGUCUGUCUGUCCAUCUCUGUUUCUGUACCUUUCUUUUGUGCCUUAGCUGUGUUUCCAUCCAACUUUUUAUUUUAUGAGUUACAAUAGUCCGCCGAUUUGAAAAUGCAUCAUUGUUAUGCUUAUUUUAGGGUUUUAUUACAGAAUGUGAUGAAUAGCAGCGGCAUUUUCUUUGAUUCGUUUAAUAUAAUCAGGCUCAUAAAUGAUUCAGCUUCACUCCAAAAGCAUUUUUGAAAUGUAAAAUCUUGCCUUCAGAAAGCCAGUAUACUACUAUUGUGAUAUUCCUUGAUGCUUUUGUUGAUUUUUAGGCCUGAUUACUACGCAAGGACCCAUAAACAGGGGCUAUAGUCCCCAACGCAGUGGUCAUGGGUUCAAAUCUACCCUGUGGCCCCUUGCUGCAGGCCUUUCCUCCAUUUCUCUCCCCACGUUUCCUGUCUCUCGCUCCACUGUCCUAUUUAAUAAUGGCUAAAAGGCCACAAACAAAAAAAACAAGCAAAAUGAAAUAUUCCCAAUACUUUUGUGUAUGCCUAGAUUCAUGAAAAACUAAAGACACUUCCAUCAUCUGCCAAGUGUGCUUACUGCUAGUAGCAACCAUUAGCAAGCUAACAGACAAAGAUCUUUAGCAUAGCAAACAGCAUUCCUAAGGGGUGUACCAUGAAGUGAAUGAAUGACUCUGUGAGACAUGUUGAGCCUAAAGUCAGAGUUUUCAGUGUCAUGAUGCUGGUUCUGUUUUAAUCUGCGAUAUCAUCAUAGUAACAGAUGCUUCAUGGCUCCAGAGGUGGUUCUGUUUAGAAUUUCAAAUUGGAAUAUAAGAAGCACCUCCUUUUCAUAAAUUUGAUCCUUGACCACGUUCUCUCUGAGCGAUUCAGAUUUUCAGCUAGGUUAAUAUGUUUUGUCUGCCGACCUUUUGAGCUGUUUGUUAGUAACACCACUAAACUAUAUACAGGCAAACUGUGUGCAUUGUGUUGCCACAGGGACCGACAUUCAUUCAGUUGGUGAUGCGAAAAAAAAACUGCAUAAAUAUGCUGUUAUGCUUGGUCCUGACUUACUGCAAAGUCCGUUUUACAAUGCUGGUAUUGGACACAAAUUAGAAAAUUAAUUAAUCUUUUAGGAUUUAUCUAAUAAAAAAAAUCAAUGAUAACAAUAUUAAUUUCAGUUGGAUUUAGCAAAAAACUAAAGUGAUUUCCACGUAUUCUUUAUUAUGGAGCAAUCAGCCAUAAAUGCACUUAUUGAAUAUUAUGUACUACUGGGCACGAGUCAUGUAAAAUAUAAGCAGCUGCACUGAGAGUGCACUGAGUGGUAAAAUACAAAUAUUAAUGUACAGAUUAACAGUUUUCUACCAGUAUUCCUCUCUUGCAUCAUUUAUUCUAUAUGUCAACUGAGGUUAAACCAAGUAUUCUAACCAGGUUCUGUAGAAAAACUAAAAAUUCUGCACUUCUUAGUGCAACUGAUAAACCAUUGGUGACUCAGCAGUAACAGCAAUUUUUAGCAUAGUACAUUUUGUAGUUCUUCGCAGCUCUCUGUUAUAACAAAUUGUUUAUCUAACUGAAGUAAAAUUGGUCCAUUUUAUGCAGAGGACACCUCUUUUUAUUGGAGUGAACACACACCCUGAUUAAGAAAACCAGGUUAACAAAAAAAGUUGAUAACUGCCGUCGUGAUACCCAUCAUCUCUGACUGGAGUUUUAAAUUUUGUUUAGCCAGAUUACCCCAAAGAAAGCCUGGCUUUGUCGAAAUUGCUUCGUACGACACCCCUCUAGUAACCAUUAGCAUGCUAGCAUGGCUGUGGACCCCUGUCAUUAGUCUUUCAAAAAAAUAAAAUAAAAUAUGACCAACAUUUUUGCCCAAAAUUAGAUUUUUAAUGCCUAGUUUGUUUGUUCGAACCAAGAUUAUUGACUGUUGAAUGGAAACGUAGCUUCUCCAUCUCCCACUGUGUCCGUCUCCCUCCUCCAAACUGCCUUGGCUACAAGAUGCCCUCGUUCUGUGGGGGUUUUGUCUCAUUGUGUCAUCUCAUUGCCCUCCUGCCCCAUGUUUAAAACGACAGCAGCUGCUCUCAAACUAAGUACUGUUUGAGCAAAAAGAGCCCAGUGGUCAAAAAUGCAGAAAAAUCACGUUCCCUAUGUUUGCUUUUCUUUUAUGUGUGGGUGUGUGCGCGUGCCUGUGUUUUUAUUACACCUUUAGCUUUGAUACGGCUUUAUAUGUUGGUUUUUACGAUUUCUAUGUGCCAAUCGCGUGAUGGAGGAUGAUUUGUGUGAGCUGCGUUUGUCAUCGCCGAUUUUCCAGUUUUAACGUUGAUGAGUUUUGUUCUUGUGGUGAAUGUGGACAGAUUGGUCAGUGCCGUGAUUCAGUAAUGAAUGCAAUUUGUGUGUUGAAUGAGAGAAUGUAGAAUUUCUUUUAAAACAACAUUAAAUGGAAUAUUUUAAAAUGGCUUAAAGAAAGUGCAGCAUUUUGCCAUUUACUACAUACCGAGCGAACUACACAGGAUAUUUUAACAUUGCAGUAUUGACAGUGACCAAAACUUGACAAGCGUUAUUUUUCAGAUUCUACAGUCCAUUACCACAUCAAACCAGACAGUAUCAAAGUAGCUACACAGCAUGGAACAGUCACUAAUUAACUGUCUACGAACACAGAGAAUUUAUGGCAUCGCUGAAUCAGGUUUUGAAAAUACCAAUGCUAGGUUGGUUGUUGUGAAAUAGGAGCUCACUAUUUCACAUUUAAUAUAAUGAGCUAAUUAACCCUGCACUAAGCCCCGCCCCCCAAGAUGUCAAUCAGUGAGGUUUUCCACAGGGAAUAAGAGGAAAUUUCUAGAAUAACACUGAAUUGGAUUAAAAUUAACACAAACUAGCACAAUUUGGUGGCAGACAAUGUGAAUAAAGAAGACAUUAACAUUGAAGGAAAAGCUCAGGCCUCCAUGUCUUAACAAUUCAUGUGCAAAACAAACAUAUGCCUAAACAACAGUAUUAUUGGUCAAUAGAUUAGGUCAACAAUAUAUAUGGUUUUAUUUCCAGCUAAAUUUUAGUUAUGACAAAUUAUGACUUUCAUUGUCUAAUAUAGUCCAUACCUUGCCCAAACAAAAAGUUCUCGCUUAUCCAUUUCUUUAAAAUGAACUAGGAUGCAUACAUUUGAUCUCAUAUAGUACAAGUCACUUGUAGUUAAUGUGCAACUGUCUUCAAAGCUAAACUUGUUAACAGGUGAAUAUUUGAAAAUAAAAUGAACACACUCUGGACAGAAAAGACAAGAGAAUAAUGAGAGAAGAAUAAAGCGGGACAUUUAUGGCAGACUGGCACAUCAGCAGCACUUAUCAGGUACUUAUAAUUCAGUCUUGAAAGUUUGACCACAAUUAACACUUUAAGUCAUAACUGGUCUGGCAUGUGAGGAGCUGAAAGAUCCUCAAGACUCAAAAAGAGAAGUUCUAUAGCCUUCUACCGAAGCUCUUAGGACAUUGAAAUUCCAGUUACGGCUCUCCUUCCAUUCAUUUGGAUUUGCGCCUGGUCUUGUUAGCCCCGAACAACUGUUUAGGGGUUUCACCAAGAUGGCUGUCCACUGCUCAGACUUGCCUUUGGUUUAAGAAGGGGCUUGGUUAAGGGUCCAGUUUUAUUUAAUCUGUUUAAUCUUUUCAGUUGUUGCUUCCAAAAUUCCCAGUUUUCUUGUGUCUACAGAGUUUUUGCAGUGCCAAGACAAGUUUUUUUCCAUAUGUAUCCAUGCCUUUUUCUGUACUCAUAAAAGCUCCAUUGCUGUUGGCUAUUGAUGAGGCUUGUUUUGAUCCACACAGUCUUAUACCAAUUUUUUACUUCUUUGGUUAAAAUCAUACGGCAUCUUAAGCCUGUAUGAAGAGAUUAUACCAUUCCAAAUCCAUGUCCAGGGUGAAAAUGGUCUCCUUUAGACUUCUUUUUUUUUUUUCAUUUUUGUGCUUGUAGCUCGAUGGUGUAUUGACCAUGCAAAAUGAUUAACUGACUUUUUUUUUUUUAAACAGUUUGACUUCAAUAUCUGACAUCGUUGCCUUGUCUUGCAGUUGCCUGACAUUCCCAAGUUUCUUCAUUCACAGUCUCCCCAUGUAUUGUCACAGUAGCAGAGCCCCAUUCUGGCUGAACUAACCAUUUGAAUGUGCGUGUAUCGGCUCAAUACUCUUGCAGCUGUGCACCCGCUGCGUUUGGAGUAUAGCUGGACAUAUCAUUAGAACUGCAGGUCAAAAUAGGGAGCUCAUUACCGCAGCAGAUACUCUGGAAAAUCACAUCCACAAAACUGUUAACAGAUCCGAUACUGUGGGGGUCAGAGAGGGCUUAUUAUAGCCUUUGUCGAUAGGAAGGGCAGAGAAGUUUUCUACAGUAACAUUAGCCACCAUAAACUACCGAUUAUACCAGAGCAAGUAAAGCUUGUUGCAGAUCCCCUGAGUAUAGUGAACUAAGUUUUAUUGCUUAUGAUUUCAGUUUUGUGUUUGUAGGAAGAAAGAUGUCUAGUUCCAACAUUCGAAUGGCAAAUUGUCUCACUUAAAAGAUUCAAAUACCAGGAGCAGGAGAGAGUUAACAGUGAAUUAACCUUUAUGCCAACAUCGACGUUCUUUCAGGCUAUAUUUAACAUUUUCAUGACAUUUUUAAAAUUAAUUGGCUGGCUAGAUUCAAACACCAGGCUCCCCUUUCGUGCUAAUUGAACAACAAACUACCUCCUGUAGUCACAUGUUCAUCAGUAAAUCCUUUCAGGAUAGGAAAUGAAAACUCUUAACUAAAUACUUAUUUCACAUGAUUUUAUGUCAAGACUUAAACAACAUAGUAUGGAGUUAAAAACAGCCAUGAACACAAAAUCUCAAUGGCACUGAAUUUAUAGCAUUGAAAUAUUUCAUUGUUCACGAAGUAUAAAAUCAUUUUAUGUAGCGUGAAUUGCUACAUGUAGUCAACAAAAGAAUUUGACACAAAAUGUUACAACAAAGACACAAAAGAACAAAAAACACACAAAAUGACGCAAAUGAAACAGAAACAUCACAAAUGAGAGACAAAAGAAAAAUGAGACACAACAUGACAAAAGGAGACAAAACAACAAGACACAAAUUAGACACAAAAAGAAAAAUGACACACAAAACUAUUUGCUGCCAGUAUUUUUACUGUAAUUUUUACAGGAACAUUUGUUAGCGUAAAAAAUCUACCACUGGAAUUGCUGAAUUUAUCUUUAAAUGAUCAUUUUUUUGUUUGACUUUAAUUUGACUAAUUUGAAAGCAACAAGUUGCUGCAACUGGAUCGGUGAAAUAUAGACUUAAACAAAUUCAAAUAUCAAUAUAGUUUUUUUUUUAACUCAGAGUGCUAAACUGCUGAAAAGGGUUUUAGGAAUUACAGAAAUUGAAAUUCCACCGUGAUACGGGCAAAAAAAAAAAAGACAAUAAAAACAAAGAAUUAAAACCUUGUUAUUGCAGAUACACGAAAUUCAAAGAUUUUAGUGAUUUUUAAACAUUUUCAUUUUUGAUUAAUUUACAACAAAAUAUUUACUUUUUUGACCUUUCUCAGCUUCCAUAUAUACCCACAAAUACUCACACAGUCCUAGUAGUUGGUGCGACCAGUUAUUUUGUGUUGAUCUUCUUUGAAUGAACUUAUAUAGUUUUUAAUCAUAGUGCAACAGCUCAGUAACUUUGCCAAGCCCCAAGAAGUCACCAGUGUGUAUGUGUGUGUUUGUGUGUGUGUGUGUGUGUGUGUGUGUGUGUGUGUGUGUGUGUGUGCAAGCAUGUGUUUGAUACAAGUAUUUCCGUGUGUGUGUGCGAGUGUCUGCGCCUGUGAGGCACCUUGAUAAGAGUGUUUUCUUAGACCAUGUGAGAUUUUACCACACAUAAGAUCUUUGUUUACUAAAGAUAUCCAAAUAAUAUAUUGUAUGCUCGUCAUAUCUUCUUAACAAUGUGCACUAUGUUUGCAUGUACAGUUUUACAAAGGAUGCACCAGUUCCUUUUGUUGAAAACUGAGUGUUUUGAAAUAUACAAAUCUAUAUGAAAAAUUAACUGUACAAAAUGGCCUUAAAUCUUUCACUGAUUUUUUUUUUCUUGGAAUUGUGUGAUGCCUUCUUCAGAAAAAUGAAUUGUUUAAAGGAAUUGAUCGUUAUCUAUUUUGUGUCAGUGUUUCUAUUGCUUUCUAGUGUGUUUUCUUUGCACAAGUUCAAUAAUGGAAAAAGAAAUGAUCUUGUACUUUUUUGAAACCGUGAUUAAUCAGAGAAAGCAUGGCUGAAGUACUGAUUGUCUGAUGAUACAUAUAAUAGAUGACUAUUUCUGUAUUGAACUAUGGAUUUUUAAAUAAAUAUUCAUAUUAAACUACA